AUGUCGGAGCGUGCCCUUCUCGUGUUGGCGGUCUCCAAUGCUGCAUUCGCUUUCCUUGUCGGCCUCGCCUAUCGAAGCGAAAUUCAAGGCUGGGCUUCCUUUGGCUAUCGAGCUCUCUCCAGCCUUGUCUCCAGCGAGCUUGUCCUCGCUCCCUACGCCCUCAUCCUGGUCUAUAUCUUGGUCAGUCUUCACAGCCUGAAGGACGACGUCGCGCAGGCUACCGCAAGACCAAUCCGCCGCAAACGCGUUAGGCCUCAGCCAGUCUACGAUGCGAACGACCGGCUCAUCGGCUAUUUCCGCGGCGGAGACCGAAGAUCUGAUGUCCCAUCCGAGAAUACCAGACCCGUCACUGCGAACCCGGUCCUUGAUGGAGCUGCAUUGGCACCAAAGUCACCCGAAUCUCGGACGAGCACAGUCUCCCCACCCCCACCUAUUGUAUUCCAACCACCGCAAGUCCAUGUCUACUGCUCUCUCCAGGCCUCCGAGUGGAACGGCUGGCCCGACGGCCAUCUCCAAUGCCAACUUCGACGUCAAGAGCUGAAGGAGGUGGGAAAUCUUGCGCUGUUCUGGGUAUGUGAGCCAAUAGCUGGCCGCCGACCUGGCUCUCCGGACGCCGACCUGGCUCUCCGGACGCGAUAA